AUGACGAAGGACGUGCUGUGCAUGAAUCCGGGUCCUAUCGAGUUUGAGCCGCGCGUGCUCCAAGCUUUCGCCAUGGAAGGCAUUUCCCACGUGGACAAGACCGUGAUCGAAGUCUUUGGCCAGUGCCUCGAGAAGAUGCGCAAAGUUUUUCUUGGCGCCCGAUGGCCAGCCUCUUAUCUGAACAAGGGCGACGACGUUUUGGUUGUCAACAACGGAUACUUUGGCGACCAUUUCGGCCAGUGCUUGGAACGGUACGGCGCAACAACGACUCACGUUCGCGGCGAGAUUGGCUCGCAGGCUUCAAUCCUAGAGCUGGAAACAGUGCUGCAGCGUGACAUCCAGUUCAAAGUCGUGGCCGUCACGCACGUUGACACGUCAACGGGUGUGUGUGCUCACGUGCAGGAGAUUGCAGCUGCGAUCCGUCGAUUGCAGCCGGAUGCUGUCAUUGUGCUCGACGGGGUAUGCGCUACCGGCGGGGAAGUUACUCGCAUGAAGCAGUGGGACAUCGACGUGGUGCUUACGGGGUCCCAAAAGUGUAUUGGCGUGCCCGCUGGUCUGAGUCUGCUGGUCAUACGCCCCCGUGCGCUGCAGUUGUUUGAGAACAACACGUCGACGGUCAAGUAUUACGUGGAUUGGCGCAAUUGGCUGCCGAUCAUGAAGAACUACGAAGCGCGACAGCCAAGUUACUUUGCAACGCCGUCUGUGAACCACUUGUUCGCUCUGAAUGAGGCGCUGGAUAUUCUGCUGGAGAACGGGGGCAUGGAACAGCGCUUCAAUGAGCACAAACUCAUUGGAGACGCCGUGAAGGAGGCCAUGACGACAUUGGGCUGCUCGCUCGUGACCGCGGACGGCUGCGGGGCGAACACAUUGACUUGUGUACGCUAUCCUAUUGGUGUCGGUGCGGCCGACUUUUUGCCAAAGGUUGUGAAGCGUGGCGUGUCGCUCGCGGGCGGCUUGCACAAGGCCAUCAAGACGGAGUACUUUCGUAUUGGCCACAUGGGCCCAAGCACGCGUCGACUGGACCAUAUUCUGAAGACAGUGGACGCGAUUGAGGGUGCGCUACUCGAGUGUGGUCACAAGGUGGCGCAACCCGGGAAAGCGGCUAAGGACCUGAGGACGAAGCUCGCGGCAGUCGUUCCUCUGCGUCCCGUACGUGAUCAACCUGUGGUUUCCCACGGUUGCCCCGUGCCUCCGAUGUGCCAGGUGUACUCUAUCGGUGCAGUGGUCGUUGCAUUUGCAGCUGGACUUAUGAUCUCGCAGCUGAAGCGUUCAACCCAUUAG